AAAAAAAAGAAGUGUAUCAUAAUGAAACUCUGAGAAGGCAACUAUGUCUAUAAGCCUAAAGAUCUUCUGGGCUCUCUCAAGGCUGUGAUAAAUCUCUGCCUCUGGUAAGUCUUUGUUAUAUGAGGUAGAAGAGGGGUCGUCUUGCAGAACUGCUAUGAGUAAAAGCAGCAAAACUAUAGGAUGGUGCCAAAUAUGAAGACUCUUAAAGUCAAUAGAAAGACUUACAUUGCUAUUCCAAUUGAAAUGGUGGUUUCAAUUGACAUUAUAGACAAUACAGAGAAAUACAGAGGGCUGGUGCUGUUUUUACAUCAGGUUUUUUCCUGUCUUUAGCCUCAUUUCAAAGCACAGUAGUCAUACUGAUUUGGAAGAUUUUAUCAAUAGGUAUCUUCUGAGCAAAGAUCAUAGAAUAUGGUCAAAAGAUAAUACAAUGAUGGGCAAUACAUGAAUUAUAAAGAGAUUCACAGAGAAACUUCAUUAGGACUCAAUUCAGGUGAGUAUGGCAAUAAAGUUAAUAGAAAAUUUGGAAUCCUGUUACAUUGAGUGAUGAGUCAUUAUCAAUAAAAUGGAAUAAGGAAAAAUGCUGAUACCAAUCAUUCUCUUAGUGUCCUCCUUUUUUUUUUUCCUCAUGGACAGGACUGCUAUGCCAAAAAGACAUGAUGGUAAAGCACUAUCUUACCUUUUUACAAAUAUUUAAAAAGUCAAAUUGUCUGGGAAGAGAAGCCAAAUUAAACAUUACAUAAUCCUACAAUGUUUAGCAUUGGUCGUAGAUGUCCUAGAAGAGAACAUGCUGAGGUGCUUCAUGGCCAUAAAGCAAAUGUAUUGCUCUUGAUAGUAAAAGCACAGCUGGAAGAAGCUCAAAUUGGAGGUUUUACACAAGUUAAUGUGAAAUGCAGCUGGCAGCAUUUCUGGAGUACUAGUACCAGAGAAACUUUUUAAUGAAGGGUGACCUCCAAAGGUCACAAGGACCAAUGCAUUUAACUAAACAGAAGCAAGUGCAAAAAGAAGUGUGAAAGCAAAGUAUACAAUGGUCCUGCAAACUCAUUCCUCAUGUAUGUCAAUACUUGUUCUCUUCAGCAUUUUGAGAGCUUGUAGGUUUUUUCAUUUUUACACGUGAUAAAAGGAUUGUGUGAGAGUCCUGCAUUCUGCUGAAGUGUUACCUUAAAACCAUGAAUGCCAAUUCCCAAACUACACUUUCUCUCCUUAAGUGGCACUGAAAACCAAGAAAAAGCAAAACCAGAAGCAAGAGAUGUAGAACUCACAGGCUAAUGGUAAUCAGUCUUGUCUGCUUUUGUUGGAUGAUUGUUUGUAGAAUCAGAAAGAGAAUGCUUAAUACACACAAAAUUAUUUUUUGCUUCAUCCAUUCCCUUUGUGUCUUUUGGUGCCUCCAUAAGGAAGAAGAAGAAGACAUUUGCAUUUAAGAAUGAGCAUUUAUCAAUGAUGUUAUUUUACUUUAAAAGUUAAUAUAAUUUUUGAAUGUUACAGAUUAACUAGGUUUAAUAUGGUUAGUUACUCUUUGGUCUUUUUUUUUUUUUACAAAUUCUAUUUUUCUGGGUAAUGUUAAUGUGUACUUUAUUCAGGCUGGGGUAGUAUCUUCAUGUCAGUGGGUUGACCACAGUUUACUCCAGAGAAUCUGUGCCUCAUAAUGUGUAUCUGAUGUGUGUAUUUGUGGAAUUUUUUAAGUGCAACCAGUGCUCAUCAUUCCAUAAGAUGAAUUCUGUACAAUAGAAAACCAAGGAAGAGUAUUUGAAAUGAACAAUUCCAUGUCGAUGAUUAUUAGAGAGGGGCCAAUGCUGCAGCAGAUUACUGGUGAACAUUCACAGGCAUUGGUUAUUGUUUUCGGGAAUGUAGGCAGAAAGUGAAAAUUCUGAGUUCUUACAUAAAUAUGUAGCAGUGAGAAAUUUGAAUCCAAGGAUCCAUCUUGGGAAUUUUUUUAAUAAUGGUAUGAAUAAUAAUAGUAAUAAUAAUGACUAAGGUUUGAAGUAAACUAAGUUUUUUAACUGAAUAGUGAUAUGGAAAUAAUUUUUUUCAUAGACCAAUGCUUUGGGCAGAGAUUGAGACUAUAAUGGUUUCUGUAAAGGAAAUAAGGAAAAUUACACCUACUUAAAAUGGUACAUUAGUGGUGGGCAUUUUGUGGAUCUGUCCCAUGGGUAUAUUUACUUGUUUUUUAUAUACUCACUUCAAGACACAAAUACCCACUAAAUGCUCUCUGCCUUCAUGCCUGACAUACCAUCAGCAUAUUCCAGACAUGAGCCAUUUGACUAGAGGAAAUUCUCUGCAGCAGAACUCAUCACUGAGCUCUGAGAUGUGGCAGUUAUUGCAUUUAUAAGGGUUAUGGAAUGUGGUGUGGGAAUAUGAUACAAAAGUAUAAUUGAAAUGGACCUGUAUUAAUAGAAGAAAGAACAGUGGAAAAGAAAAGCAAAGGCUGAAGAGCAGGCUCUGUGUAGCAGACUGUGAAGCAGCCGUGGUGCUAGAUCUUAUCAGAUGUUUUGUCUCUCAAAUGCGCACGAGAAAUGAAUGAAAAUUAAAAAAAUGAUUCAUGAGAGAAUUCUAGUUUUCUAGAGAUGAAAAAGUAAAAGGAAAAUACGGUUAUAUGACGCAGAGCAAACUUCUUCUAGUCCUUUAUUAGGAAGGAUGCGAGUUUACACAUUUUGUAUCUAUCCCUGCAGAACCACAACACGGAGUUGGUAGUACACCACAGAUCCCAGAAUCAGGGGAGAGCCAAAGAGAAAAGCAGCUGACCUGAACUGUCACUAGCACUCUUGCGUUACUUCACGCUCAGUGGAGCUGCUAAGAUAACCAAUCUUGCACAGGCUGAAUCCAGAGUGUUUCCAAGAACUGAGUUAAUUAGUGAAGUAUCCUCAAGUUAACUAACUCCCCUGCCAAGAAAUGGGCUCUUCCAUUUUCCUCACAUGAUUAUCUGGGCACUUUCACUUUUCCAUAUAUAGGAGCAGCUCAGGGACUGACAGAUCAGGCUAGGUAGGGAUACACAUUCAGGCACAUGCAUACUCCUUACAUGCAGGCACGGAUGCAAGCACAUGCUGCUUUCACACACUGAAAUUCAAGUUAGCCCAAGAGGUAAUAAGUGAAGACAGCAAUAGUCCUGCUGCUAAAGAGCCUUCUUAAACAGAAGGCACUGAAGGUAGAGCUCUCCAGCCACCGUUUGCAGUAAUCCAUCAGGAGCAGCAUCACAGCCAUGAACGGGCCGGUGGAUGGUUUAUGUGAUUACACGCUUGAUGAUGAAGGGGCUUUCAUGUUCACGUCGGAGUCCGUGGGAGAAGGACAUCCAGAUAAAAUCUGUGAUCAAAUCAGCGAUGCUGUGCUAGACGCCCAUCUCAAACAGGACCCGAAUGCCAAGGUUGCUUGUGAGACAGUGUGUAAGACAGGAAUGGUGUUGCUCUGUGGGGAGAUCACUUCUCGUGCUAUUGUGGAUUACCAGCGAGUUGUCCGAGAUGCAAUUAGACACAUUGGCUAUGAUGAUUCAGCUAAAGGCUUUGACUACAAGACUUGUAAUGUUUUAGUGGCACUGGAACAGCAGUCACCUGAUAUUGCCCAAGGUGUUCAUCUACACAGGAAUGAAGAAGAUGUUGGUGCUGGAGAUCAGGGUUUGAUGUUUGGUUAUGCAACAGAUGAGACAGAAGAAUGCAUGCCCCUGACAAUUAUUCUUGCUCAUAAACUGAACGCCAGGUUAGCAGAGCUGAGGCGUAACGGAGAACUCCCUUGGCUGAGGCCUGACUCUAAGACACAGGUGACAGUUCAGUACAUCCAGAAGAAUGGGGCGGUGAUCCCCGUGCGUGUUCACACCAUUGUGAUCUCGGUGCAGCACGAUGAGACCAUUUCUCUGGAGAACAUGCGCCGGACCCUGAAGGAACGCGUGAUCCAAGUUGUUGUCCCUGCCAAAUACUUGGAUGACAAAACUGUUUAUCACCUUCAGCCCAGUGGACGUUUUGUUAUUGGAGGGCCUCAGGGUGAUGCUGGUGUCACUGGCAGGAAGAUCAUCGUGGACACGUACGGCGGCUGGGGCGCGCACGGCGGCGGGGCCUUCUCUGGCAAAGACUACACCAAGGUGGACAGGUCGGCCGCCUACGCUGCCCGCUGGGUGGCCAAGUCCCUGGUGAAAGCUGGGCUCUGCCGCCGCGUUCUGGUUCAGGUUUCUUAUGCCAUUGGGGUUGCUCAUCCACUGUCUAUUUCACUGUUCACUUACGGAACUUCCCACAAAACAGAGAAAGAGCUGCUGGACAUUGUGCACAAAAACUUUGAUCUUCGGCCUGGAGUCAUUGUCAGGGAUCUGGAUUUAAAAAAGCCCAUUUACCAGAAGACUGCAUGUUAUGGUCACUUUGGAAGACAGGAAUUCUCAUGGGAAGUGCCUAAAAAACUCGUGUUUUGACCUUAGUGACAUGUCACCUUUUAAAACCAGAAAGGAAGACCACUAAUGACGAGGAUGCUUCUGAAAAUCAAAUUUGACAGCUUUAUAUGCAACAUAAGGAAUUUUAGAUUUUAAAAGGAAAGAAAGAAAAGGUUAUUUUCUUGGAAAUUGAUUUUUUUUAACCCUCAGUGUCUUUCAUUAUCUAAGAUAUAAUGGACAGAGUCUGUUUUUUUAAUCAGCAUAAGACAGCAAAAUAUAGUUUACUUUUAACUGCUGCUCUGUUGGUUCUUUGGAUAAAGACAAAGUGUGACUCAGGUACUAAAACCAAAAGCUGAACCUCAAACCUUUGAUGGGCAAAGGUGAAGAUAACUUUCCCAACUCUGACUAAGGAUCAGCAGAUCUGUUGCUUCUGAUUAGACAAUGGGAAAUUCUGGGGUCCAAUUUCCUUACUGGAGUUAGCAAUGCAUACAAUGGGGGCUGCUUUGGUGGGAGAAGGCUGAAUAGCACCUAACAGUAUCUUUGCCUCUUUUAUAAAAGAUGUUAACAUAUGUGUAAUAUUUAAAUCACCUUCAGUGCAUAUGUGCUGUUACUGUCGCAUUUCAAUUACCUGUGUUUUUGAAACACAAGUGCUCUCCUGUGACACAACAAUCAUAGAAUAAAAAGCUUUUUCCUGCCAUGUAUGUAAAGGUGUAUCUUUUUCUAUGGUUUUUUAAUGCUGCUGUAAAAUGGUCCAUCUCAACUCAGCUGCUUCUACUCUUGUAGGAAUUUAGUU